AUGUCGAAGCUUUUCGUUGGCGGUUUGGCCUGGGCCACUACUGAUGACAGCCUGCGUCAGGGUUUCGAGCAGUUCGGUCAGGUCACCGAUGCUAUCGUCCUGAAGGACCGUGAAACCGGUCGCUCCCGCGGCUUCGGCUUCGUUACCUUCGCUUCCGACGAUGAGGCCACCGCUGCCAUGAACGCCAUGAACGACCAGGAGUUCGAGGGCAGGAGACUUCGCGUUGACAAGGCUGCUGAGCGUCCUCCCAGAUACUAG